CUUCAACUUUCUCAAAUCUUCUGUAAAAUGGGCUUAGAUUUUCAAACAAGCCUGUUGAUUGUUGUGAAUGUGGUGCAAAUGCUAAACUACACGAGUUCUCGGAUUUGAUGGGAAACUACGACAUCAUCGACAUCGCUUACAAUACUGAAACUGAAGCUGAGAAAGAGCCUGAGCCUUCAUAUAUUUUUGACGAAUUUAUCGAGGAAGAAGACAUUAAUUCUGUCCGCUGGCCUAGUUUUGUUGAAUUCAAUAAGACAGAACACAAUCAGAUCAAGACAUUUUUCAAAGCCACACCCAAGAAAACUGAUGCUAAAGUAGACGGUGAAAAAAGUCCUACUAUUUCGGAGGGAAAGCCAAGUGUUGACGGUAAAAAAGAUAACAAAUCAAAAGAUACGACCGAAACUCAAACUGGUGCAGGUGCCUCGAAUUCAAACGAAGUAGCUCAAAAUCCAACUAAUAACAGCGAACAAGGGGAAAAUAAGGAAGAAUCAAAAACCACUAACUGAAUAUUAAUAAUGAUCAAUAUAUUUAGCCUGGCUGUGGGCGGGAUUCUCUUUUCUGAGUUGGUGGUUGUAAUCGCAUUACUAAAGCCUGUCAUAGAACCGUACUACAUACGAGAUUUAUGGUACCGCUUGCAAGAGAAUUCCUUCCCUCCAAAAGUUUUGGGAAUAGCCUUGCUAUGUCUGUUUCUGAAUACUUUCAUGGAUAUGUCGUGGGAGAAAAAUUACCAUGGAAAUUUAUUGUCUGAAGUGAGAGAUGUGAAUAUGGUUUUGGAGUUUUACCUGUCUAAAAUGUCUAUGUGUUAUAUCUGUUUUUUCGUCGUCCUAUUUCUCUUUAUGUUAAUUGAUAGAAUACUGCAAAAUGUUAUAAUAAUUGCAAGGCUGUUGGAAUUUGAAUUGAUGUGCAGACAUGCUAUCCUAACUAGGGACAAUACGAACCAAGUGUAUCAAACUGUUUUAUUACUUACGAAUUUGUAUGAUGUUGUCAAUAAAAAGGAUAAGCGUCCAUUAAAGGAAAGUACGUAAAUUAUGUUAAAAUAAAUUGAAUG